AUGAAUGGACAUUGGAAUCAGAACGAUGGAAUAAAUUUCAGCGCCAUGGUCAACAUUGUUGCAGCCUCCGUGAUCGCUCAGCAUGGCUACCUGGACUUUGAGGUCCUUGAACGCGAGCUGGGCAAACGGACGGACAUGGAAAGGUUGAAGAGGAAUAGAGAAGCGAAUGGGAUCCUGUUCAACAUGCAGAGAGUCUUGAAGAACAUCAACCUGGUGAUAAGCUCGGCGAUCGCAACAAACUGGCUGAUAACCCUGCACGAUGUACGGGAGAUGAUGUUCAAGCUGAAAGAUCUCGACGGCCUGUCGAGCUUCGACGACCUGCAUGUCGGAUCUCUGCUCCACUUCCGCAAAGUCAAGGAAAAUUUCCAUCCAUCCGAGAGUAUCCUUGAGCGCAACAACAUCCCUCCGAUAACUACCCUGGAAGUCUUGCUGAAGAUUGCUCAAAUGCAGAUGGGAAAAGACGCGGAUGUUCUUCAGGAGGUAGAAGGAGCGAUGAACGAUCUGGCUGUCGAAAAAGGAUACGAGAGCAGCAGCGAUCUCUGCCUGUAUAUUGACAGAAGCAAACUUGUUCACUUCUUUGCUAGGAUGGCAGAAAGGUUCGCAAGAGCAAAUCUCAAGCAGGUGAAGCAAGAAUUCGCAGAGAGGAUGGGGCACAUGCGCGUCGAGAAUCAUUUCACCGGCAUGCAGCGCGGGGUGAUAUGGUGGCAUCGGCUGAGAGCUCUGGUUGCAGGGAUGGAUCAUGGGAGAGCUCUGCAAUGCAUUCAGGAAGUGUUGCAGAAUAACGCUGGUUUGUCCGAUCUGCUUGGCGAGGGCGAAGACUUGUGUCCUUCUGUCAGUGUCAUGCCGACCUUCGAUGGAUUAGAAGUGCAUGAAGAAACGCAAUGCAGCGUCUGCUUGUUUUUGAUUCAAGGAACACGAUGGUCGUGUGGUUCUUGUCCAGAUGUUGACUUGUGCGACAUGUGCAAUGAGUAUCGGCUGAGGGAGAAAGUCUGCGAGGAGAUCAAAGAGUGCGAACAUCAUCUCUUCCUGCCGUUCUGCGAAGAGUUUGGGAGGAGGCCGCAGAUUCUCUACCGUCUGGUGCUGGAGAUCAUCGCUGACCAUGGAGAAGACGUGCUAGCGGUCGAGGCCAUGAGCUCCGACCACCUUGCAGAGCUUGUUCUUUUCAAACUUCACGAGCGGGACCUGAGGCUUCUUGAAAGAGGUGAUCGUACGUCCUACAUGUCGUUGAUCAGAAGCGGAUGUCAAGAGAUACAAGCUGCGAUUGACAACCCGGAAGCAUCAGCCUGUAGAUAUCUGAAAGAGACUUGGAAAGUCAUGGAAUGGACCGCAGCAGCGUUCUCAAGGAUCAUCCAAGACAUCAAGACAGAGAUUUUGGCCCUCCGCUACAACACACCCAAGAUGUCUCUCACAGUUCGGCGAGAGGAGCGAAGUGAUAUUCAUCACAAUCUUGCUCUGCUCCUGUACAUGGCAAUGUACAUCACUGGAGCUCCACCUUUGCCAGCGGAGCGCGGGGCCGCCAUGCCCACUGCAGUGGAAGCUCGUCCAGCAAACUCAGUCAGGAAUGUCGACGUUGAGACCAUUCUUGGAGAGUUUGCCGCUGCGAUAGGCAACGUUCGCUUGCAAGCAAGAGACGUGCUGUCGGUUCUCAUUGAGCUUGACAACAUCUAUCAAAGACACGCUGGCCCUUCCUCGCUUCCCUCGGUGGUCCAGCUGAUCCGUGAGAAUCAGCUGCUGUGCGACUUUAUCAACCAGUGCAACCUAGUCAAGGCCCCGGAGGCGUCAUCGGCAGAUGCUCUGAACGCAGUCAAGGGUGAGAUGGAGUGCAUGAAGACAGUGAGCGUGAAGAACGUCUGGAAGGUUGUGGAUCAACUUCAGCAGCUGGAAGACAGAAUCUGCAAGAAGAAUGGGGUGGAGCAGUUCGCCGCGAUGUCAGGAGGGAAGAGCUUCUUGGAGCUCUGCAUCGACUCGUCGCAGUUGGAGAAGCUGCUCGAGGAGAAGCUCGUGAUGGACGCGAGUCAAGGAGCAUCAAGGCAGCUGCUCGAGCUCGAAGGGGGAGCGCGAGAGCGACUGAGAGACGUCGCGUGCAUGCUGCAGGAGCUCAUCAAGGACAAGAGGACAAGCUCGUCGAUCAGCAGCGAGUUCCUGCGGGUCAACUUCAACUGUGAGGUUGGUGACAGUUUCGUUGAGGCUCUCAAGACGUACGGGCCUGACAGUCAGCAUGCUCGAAUGCCGUUUGCCUUCUCGAGGAGGUUGUUGGAGGAGAAACGUCAGGAUGCAGUGCCAAGUGACGCAGAACCUGUCGUGGAGAGCAAGCGACAAGAGGUUCUGAGAAAGAUCGAGAGGGUUCCUCCCCUACAAGACAUCCAGGAAUGGGUAGACUGGGAAGAGUACGGCUCUGUUCUCGGCUCCUUCUCUUCUUUCAUCCACAGGCAGUGGAAGCAGGGGAAGGUGAAGAAUGUGAUUCAGAUCAGCUCAGACUUGUUUGUGCGGGUCGAGCUCAGCACCUUCACUGACUUUGAGGGAGCUGUUUGCAGGCGACGAGCGAGAGAUGCGGCGCAGGCAGCUGUGGGGCAUGUGUUCUUGACCGGCACUUGUUAUGCCGAGAGCGUAGCAAGGCUACAGAGAAGUUUCACAGAGUUGCUUACAAGCGACGAGGCUGACAGGCCGGAUGAAAGCUUCAUCCUUGACGCGAUAGCAUGUGUCCCCCCCCGGCUGCGGAGGGACGUGGGCCUUCCCGUCUUUGCUGAGCCGUUCUUGAGCUCAGCCACGAGUGCGAGCCAGCGACUGGUCGCGUCAUGCAAGUCAGAGGCGCACGAGGUUGUCCUUGAACGGUUGGCCGCCGCCUUCCCCCGCCUCAACUUCACCCUCAGACGAGACGACUCGCACCCGUUGGAAGCAGCUCCGCGUUCAGUUCCAGUGCCAUCGGAGGCAAGCGGAGAUGAUGGGGUGGUGGAGAGCAGAGGAGAUGGAGAAGCAGCACAAGAGCGCGCGAUUGAGGCGAGAAAGUGUACACAUGACGGGGAUGAAGCAGAGUCGAAGACCGAAUUGAUAUGCCGCAAGAUUCGGAACAAGUACGGAAUUCAACUCGACACCAUGGGACUGGAUCCUGAGCUCAGGAAGGUGGUGGAAGAGCAGAGGAAGAUGUUGAAGAACUCACUCAAGUUACUGUCUACGGAGCUGUACGCCAAGGAAAUCCACUACAUACACGAGAUCAUCCAGAACUGUGAUGACAACUCGUACACGGGCGACGUGGAGCCCUCGUUGAUCAUCCGGCUGACAGAAGAGUUGAUUGAGUUCGAGAACAACGAGAUCGGGUUCAGCGAGAGAGACGUCGAGUCGAUAUGCUCCAUCGGCCAGAGCAGCAAAGCCAACAGGAAGGGUUUCAUAGGGCACAAGGGCAUAGGGUUCAAGAGCGUGUUCAAGAUCUGCAGCAAGCCCAAGAUCCAUUCCAACGAGUUCCACUUCGAGCUCGCGGCAGAGGCGAAGGAGGGGGAGGAGAGCGCGGGGUUGGAGUACAUCGUCCCUCAACCAAUUCCUCCCCCAGCAGGAUGGCGAGCUGGCUCCGGGACGAAGAUCGUGCUUCCCAUCGCGAGCAGCCGUCGACGGGAGAUCCAAGCAUGCAUCAAGGACUUGGAGGAGACGAUCCUGCUCUUCCUGCGGAAGCUGAGGGUGAUCGAGAUACACGACGCGAGGGCACAGGAUGGCUCCGUGCACAUCAGGAGGAUGAGGAGAGAAGCUGAGACGGAGGGGAACUUUGACUUGGUCAGCCUCACCAAGGUCGUGGACGGCGAGGAGUCGAGCCAAGACUGGCUGGUGCUCAAGACCAACGUGGCUGAGAAGACGCAGGAUGACCUCUGCCUCCAGCUGGCGGUUCCUUUCAUGCACGAGCUGGGAGCCGAGCAGGACUACCAGCAGAGAGAUGUCUUUGCGUACCUCCCGGUGAGAUGCUACGGGUUCCGUUUCAUCGUCAACGGAGACUUCGCCGUCACCUCGUCAAGGGAGUCGGUGGACACCAUGGACAGUAGGAACCUGCGCCUCCGCGAUGGGAUAGCCAGACACUUUCCUACGUUGAUACGCGAGUUGCAGGAGAGGUACCUGUCAGCGACGAAGCAGAACCAGGAAGCUGAGAGAGACGUGCAUGUAGGAGAGUACACGCGGGUGGUCAUGUCUGUCCUCCCGACCCCAGGAGAGGUCAACGACUUCUUCGCGGUUGUACCUGAUCAGAUCAGGAGAGCGAUCGAUAGCCUUGAGCUUGUUCCCCUCAGGACCGGAAAGUUUGUCAAGGCUCGUUGUGCCGUGUGGAGGCCGCGGAAGGUGGAGAGUGAAGUCAUCAGCUUCUUGGAGGAGAUGCUCGCCGAGGAAGGACUGGGGUUUGUGCACGACGCCGUCGCCAAGUACCAGGUCCUCGGCGAACAUCUGGGGAUCAGACGCCUCCAGCAAGUCUUCCCAUCCAUCUUGAAGCAUCUGGAGCAACGGCUGCAGUCCAGCCUCUCCGACGACCUGACUAUGGAGUGCUUGGCAUGGAUCUUCAACGAGCUGAGAGACGAGGAGGACGUGGCAGUACUUCGGGAGGUCUUGCAACGCAAACUGAUCCCUCUGGCCUCGGGCGACUUUGUCAGGCCACAGGAGAAGAGUGUGUAUGUGCUUCAAGACGUCUUUGAUCUUUCUCUCGAUCCUUCCCCCUCCUUCCGCAUCCUCCAUCCCUUGUUCGCCGAGAAGAUCCAGAUGUACGGUCGCGGCCUGAAGAGCUUCUUGAAGGAGAUGAAUGUGGUCUGGAACAACGCUGAAGCAUUCCUGCGCAGCCAACUGAUGCCCGUGUUGCAUGACCAAGAGAGCGAGGAGAAGGAUCUGGUGACCGGGCUGAUUCUGCUCAAGAAGGUGUUGGAACAGCAGAGUGAGCAGGUGAGGCGGCUAAUGUUGCUCGACAUCCGGCAGAAAGGCAUCGUGCUGCUCGACGAGCAAGGAGAUCGUGUGUGGAGCUGCAACGCGCUGCAUCAGGGCCCGAGCUACUCCAAGCAUGCGGACCGAGUGACCGACAUCGUCGGGAGAUCCUCCGGCUCCAUGUCCCCUGUCCCCUGGAAGUUGGUCAGCUCCAAGUACCUCGAGAAGGAACAGGAUGCGGGAGGAUGGAGGGCGGUCUUCCUUGGGCUGGGGAUCUUGACCUUCUGCCACGUCCGAGAACCUGGAUACACCUCAGAAGAGAUGUGCAGCCUCUAUCGGUCCAUCGUCGAAGCGGAUGGAGCUCCAGAGCCGAGGCGACGGAGACUGCAGCUGUUCUUCUCUCUGCUCUCGGAUGUCUGGCAGGAGGAGUACGAGCAGGCUCUUGGUCUUCCGGAGGAAGGCGAGGUAGCUUUUCUCACCUUCCUCCGCCAGGAAGCCAAGCUCCCAGGCACUGACGGUCAGCUCCAUCCCCCGCAGCUUCUCCUUCAGAGGACCGAGCACGUCUACAGAGUCCUGGGGGCAAAAGGAAUCUACCCAGACGUCGACAAUCUGGACGUGAAGCUCUCCCAGCGCCUUGGAAUCAGCUCCCAGCUGCAGCCCAGCAACAUUUUCGAUCAGUUGGAGCACUGGAGAAGCUCUUCAACGCCUCUGUCACUGAGCUUCAUGGAGAGCGUCUACAAGUGCCUGCGAUCAGACCAGUCCAGCUGUAACUCCAGCAGUGAGCGGAGAUGCAUCUUCGUGCCUGACAAGCAUUCGGUGAUGAGUCUGGUGACGCAGAAAGGAAAGGAGAAGUACGUGUUGGAUGCGUCAGUGGAGACGGCGGGCAAGUGGUACAGCGCGCCGUCGCUGGUGCUGAAGGAUCCGAGCUACCUCCUUGACACUGACAGAAUAGAAGUGACGAGGGGGAUGAACGACUACUGCUGUCAGGGAGACUUCCGUGCUGUGGAAGCUUACUACAAGAACGUCUUGGACGUGCUCUCGGGGUUCGGAGUGAGGGAGGAGCCGCCGUACGAGUUCUAUACCAGCCUGUUGAGGCGUCUGGAGAGAGAGUCGUCCUCCAAGAUCACUGCCGUGGAGAAGCUUGCUUGCCAACUUCGAGUCCUCGUCCACUUCUCCUUCGAGUUCGACGACACCAGGAGCAACCUGAAGCCUCUCUUUGCCGACCAGCCGCAUGCUCACCCCAGGACGCUGGAGGAGCUGCUGGCGCUCGUGCGUGAGACGACGCUGAGGAACAAGUGGGUCGAGAAAGCCUUGCAGCUCGAGACUGCCGUCAGGCAGAUGAGGGAUCAUGAUGUUCGCUUCCCCGGCAGCGACGGCUCCUCUGUGGCCCUCAGUGAGUGCCUGGCCAUCUACGAGGACGAUGCUGUGGCCCCGAGGCUUGAGGCGCUUGGAGGUCAGUUUGGCUUCAGUGCCAUGGAGCUUCAGUCCUCUGCCCGUUGGAUGGAUGUCGUGAAGCAGUCGGUCUGUCUGCGGCACUUUGACGUAUCCGAUGGGAAGCCUUUCAGGGCUGAUCAGGGCGGGGUCGCGGUCAAAGGCUAUCCCCUCCACCUCGCGAGAUUCUACCAUGAGGUCCUGGGCCUGCCGCACCUGGCGGGCUGCAUUGAGGAAGAGGUGAAGGCAAAGGACAAGGUGGCAGGCAUGAAGGUCACGAUCUCAGUUGCCAGCGACUCGACGGGCCGUCGAGAUGAGAAGCUUUCUUUCCUCCCUGACUCAGAAGCUGAGAGCCGAGGAGAACAGCUGGAGGUAUCAGACCCGGAUCUCCUCAUCCUGUGCUCAGUGUUGGAGGCCGUCAAGAGGUUUGCUGGCGAGUCUUCUCACUCGGUGCAAGUUGUUUGCGUCCACGACCUCUACGUCCACAUCGGCAUCAGGCAGCCAGACAAGCAGUUCAAGGAGCUUCUCACCGUUGAGAAGAGAAUGACAAGCCAGCGUGUGGGCGGAGAGAGGGUGAUGAGCGUGGUGCAAGGAACGCUGAGUCACAUGUCUGACGGGGAUGACAUCGUUCAUGAGCUUGUGCGAUGCUUGUCUGCGCUGCUGGACUUGCAGGGGACGCGAGACUCGGAGAUCGAAGAGGCCGUGAGAGGCUCCAUCAGGAGCAGCCUUGGCCUCUCGACCAGGAGCCCAGCAGGGAACGAUGGCGGUAUAUCCGCGGCGAUGCAGAGGAUACAGCUGCAUGAAGAGGAAGAGCUGGAGUUGGUGGAGGACGGAGACUUCGAUUUCUCAGAUGUCUCAAAGCAGAUCAAUGCAAAUCGCUUAAGUGAGAUCGAGCGACUGAGACUGAAAGCUGCCACGUCAUCGCCCGGUGAGCCCGAGCGGAGCGUGCUUCAGACUAUCCGCGACCCCCUGGCAUUCUCGUCGGAGGAGCGGGUACGAGUGCCGAUGCCUGUCCGACUCCCCAGGCACCUUCACUUCAUGAUGCCCAGCAUGGACGACGAGGAAGAGGAGGGAGAGGGGGAGGAGGAAGCGUAUGAGCUCGCGAACAUCUCAGUCCCUCAGGACCAGGAGCGCUCAUCGGAGACGGGAAGGAUCGGGGAGGCGAUCAUGAACGCCUGGCUGUCGUCCAACCACUUCGACUUCAAGUGGGUGAACGAGGACGGCGAGUCCUUGAAGCCCUUCGACUUCGUCGUGAGAACCGACGAGAAGGACUGGUACCUCGAGGUGAAGGCGACGGAGGGCAGCAUGCCGGAGGCUUCGGCGGCGGAGGAAAUCUUCAUCUCCCCUCAGGAGAUUCACUUUGCAAUGACCAACCCCGUUGCCUUGGCCCGUAUCUACCAGACGAGGUCUGAGAACCCGCGGGUUCUCGUGCUCAAGGCCUUCUCCAGGCUCGUACGAGCCAACAAGAUCGAGUGCCGAGCUCGCAUCUCAGCCAAGACGAUCAAGAAACAAGUUGCGGAGGACGAAGCGGGAGAGGGACUGGACGCUUCACACUCACAGUAG